AGAAUUGUGCUCUUAAUGCACAUUUUCUUUCUUGGUGACAAAGACAGUCAAAAGAUGCAAAACUGUCAUGGGAAGUCAGCUAUUGUGACGAUUUGCCUUUUUUUUUAGGCUUUUUAUUAGUAAUAUUAGAAGUGUCAAAAGGAGUUAUUUAAAAAUUGAUGUAUUAACUGUGGCUAGAUUCCUUAUGUUUUGUUCUUCGGGGAAUUAUGGAAACAUAAUUAUCUCAACUUUUUUUCAUCAUUGUAGGGUCAGGCAUCGUUGUGCAACAAUAUUUUAAUAGCAAGAAAUCUCAAAAAUCCUGACAGUCUUUGCACAUUCACAGUUUCAUGGGCUUUUGCAUCAUUGCUUCUGAAUUGCUAAUGAAGAGCUCAAUAUAGCUUCUGAUGCAUUUCAGAUAUUCUGGGUGGUGACUGGCUAGAGUGUUACUGACAUCACAACAUACAGCUGUUGACUUUCUAUUGUCUCUGAGUCCUCCUCAGCAAGUGCCUUAGACUGCUCUAGCGAGCUUUCCUAAUGCCUGACUAAUCAGCUAGAUGUGUGUGCGGUGAGCUCUGUAGAGGAGCAAUGCAGAGCAUCAGUUUACAGAUCAGAUACUAUGGAAAGUACAUCUUCAUUAACUCUAUAUGAUGAAGCAAAUACCAGUACAAUGAAGGGCACUGAAAGUUAUGAUAUAUUUGAUCCAAGACAGUCCAUUCCAGUCCAGGAAUCUACAGUGGUGACAAGGACAUGGGACUCCUCCUGCCAGAUUACAGAUGGUACAAUACAAUUGACAUCCUGGCUGACAACUGUGGAAAGGAACCUUGGAUUAUUUUAUUUUAUUUUUGUGGAACCCCACAAACCCAAAUCCAUAGGACACAUCAGGCUUCAUUCUAAAAUAACCUUUGCUGAUGAGGAUGUCUGAUACUGUUACUAUAAAAGAUGAAACUGAAACAAUGAAGGAUUUGGAGGCAGAAAUGAAAGAUACAACCGGAGUUGAAAAUAUUAUCAAAUCAGAAAACUAUGGAAAGAUUUUGGCAGAGAAGAAUGACCGUUGUAUUGACAACAAUAUUGAUUUGCAGCGGCCAUUGCAGUCAUUUGGACAGACAGGAAAAAGGUCUAAGUCGAGCUCAAAGUUAAAGCUAGUUCGGAGCCUUGCAGUAUGUGAAGAAUCUCCACCACCCCCUGCUGCAGAGAUAUCACAGGAGAACCAGGAGAAAAUUCAGAUCCCAUUAACACAAUCAUUUGAAAAAGAGGAGAAGCCCUCAAAAGAUGAAGCGGAAAAAGAAAAAGCCAGUGAUAAGUUGCCCAGAAAAAUGUUAUCAAGAGAUUCCAGUCAAGAAUACACUGAUUCAACUGGCAUAGAUCUACAUGAAUUUUUAGUAAAUACAUUAAAAAACAAUCCCAGGGACAGAAUGAUGCUGCUGAAAUUGGAACAAGAAAUUUUAGAUUUCAUUGGUAAUAAUGAGUCUCUACGUAAAAAAUUCCCCCCAAUGACAUCAUACCAUAGGAUGCUGUUACAUAGAGUAGCUGCUUACUUUGGAUUAGACCACAAUGUUGAUCAGAGUGGGAAGUCUGUCAUAGUAAACAAAACUAGCAAUACAAGAAUACCUGAUCAGAAAUUUAAUGAACAUAUUAAGGAUGAUAAAGGUGAAGACUUUCAGAAACGGUAUAUCCUCAAGAGAGAUAACUCUAGCUUUGACAAAGAUGACACCCAGAUGAGAAUACGUUUGAAAGAUGACAGAAGAAGCAAAUCUAUAGAAGAAAGAGAAGAAGAGUACCAGAGAGCUAGAGACCGGAUAUUUUCCCAAGAUUCCCUGUGUUCCCAAGAGAAUUAUAUUAUUGACAAAAGAAUCCAAGAUGAGGAUGCUAGUAGUACCCAGCAGAGGCGCCAGAUAUUCAGAGUUAAUAAAGAUGCUUCAGGAAGAUCAACAAAUAGCCAUCAAAGCAGCACUGAGAAUGAGUUGAAGUAUUCAGAACCACGACCCUGGAGCAGCACAGAUUCAGACAGCUCUCUCCGAAACCUAAAACCUGCCGUAACCAAAGCCAGCAGCUUCAGUGGAAUCUCAGUCCUGACAAGAGGUGAUAGUUCUGGAAGCAGCAAAAGCAUAGGCAGGCUUUCAAAAACAGGUUCUGAGUCUUCUGGUAGUGUAGGGUCAUCUACAGGCUCUCUUUCUCACAUCCAGCAGCCUCUUCCAGGUACAGCUCUCAGCCAGUCUUCUCAUGGCGCACCUGUCGUCUAUCCAACUGUCAGCACUCAUAGUUCUCUUUCCUUUGAUGGUGGCCUAAAUGGGCAAGUCGCAUCUCCUAGCACUAGCUUCUUUUUGCUUCCCUUGGAAGCGGCAGGCAUACCACCUGGCAGUAUUCUGAUCAACCCACAAACAGGUCAGCCCUUCAUAAACCCAGAUGGGAGUCCAGUUGUGUAUAAUCCUCCUAUGACUCAACAACCAGUUAGACCCCAAGUGCCUGGACCUCCACAGCCACCUCUGCCACCCCCACCAACUCAACAACCAGCAGCUAAUCACAUUUUCUCACAGCCUGUUCGUCCUCUGCAGUCCUCUUCACAGCCUGUUCAGUACUCUACAGUCCCUUACCCAUCCCCGCUCCUGCCAGUCUCACCCACCCAGCAAUACUCCGUGGAUAACCUUGGGUCUCAGUUUAGCCACAUGAGUCUUGCCCGCCAGCCAUCCACUGAUGGUUCUGACCCUCACGCCACCAUGUUCCAGUCCACUGUUGUUCUUCAGUCUCCACAGCAAUCUGGUUUUAUCAUGACAGCAGCCCCUCCACCACAUCCUCCGCCGCCGCCACCACCACCACCCCCUCCUCCUCCCCUACCACCUGGGCAGCCAGUCCCUACUGCUGGCUAUUCUGCCUCUGGUCAUCCUGUCAGCCAGCCUGUGCUCCAGCAGCAGGGAUAUAUUCAGCAGCCAUCACCACAGAUGCCAGCCUGUUAUUGCGCUCCAGGCCACUAUCACUCCAAUCAACCUCAGUAUCGCCCAGUCCCUUCUGUCCAUUACAAUUCACAUCUAAACCAACCACUGCCACAACCUGCACAGCAGACAGGUUAUCAAGUUAUGCCCAACCAGCAGCAAAACUACCAAGGAAUAGUUGGAGUUCAGCAACCCCAGAGUCAGAACCUAGUCAGUGGCCAACCCAACAGCAUUGGAAAUCAGAUUCAAGGAGUAGUCAUCCCCUAUCCCACAGUGCCAUCAUAUCAGGUUUCACUGCCUCAAGGUUCUCAAGGAAUUGCCCAUCAGACUUAUCAACAGCCUGUUAUGUUCCCGAAUCAGUCUAAUCAAGGAUCUAUGCCCACAGCAGCAAUGCCCGUUUACUAUAGUGUCAUUCCACCUGGCCAACAAAAUAAUUUAAGCUCUUCAGUCAGUUACUUGCAGCACCCAGGAUCAGAACAAGUACAGUUUCCUCGGACUACUUCACCAUGCAGUUCCCAACAGCUUCAAGGCCACCAGUGUGCAGCUGUGCCACCACCACCACCUGGUGGAGGAAUGGUGAUGAUGCAGCUCAAUGUACCAAACAAUCCACAAUCUCGUGCUCACUCACCCCCCCAGUGGAAACAAAACAAAUAUUACUGUGAUCACCAGAGAGGACAGAAGUGUGUGGAAUUUAGCAAUGUAGACAAUAUUGUCCAGGAGAUGCCAGGUAUCCAUUACUUGGGCAACCACUGCAGUACAACUCUCCUGCUGUUCUGCACGGACACAUUCCAAACCAACAGAGUCAGCCUGGCAGCAGACAUGGAAACCGAGGAAGAAGACAAGCUAAAAAAGCUGCAUCCACGGACCUUGGAGCAGGAGAAGCAGUUGUUGGGAAGGUCUUGGAAAUAACUGAACUACCAGAUGGAAUAACUCGCAUGGAAGCCGAGAAGCUUUUUGGGGAACUCUUUAAAAUUGGCGCCAAGAUCCGGUGGCUCCGGGACCCCCAGUCCCAGCCCCAGCUGCGACGUCACCCCCUCUGCUGUGGCAGUGGGGACAACACUGUCAACCCUGAACGCUCCAAACCCAGUGACUUGGCCUCCACAUACACCGUCUUAGCCACGUUCCCCUCCAUUUCAGCUGCACAGAAUGCACUGAAGAAGCAAAUUAAUUCAGUUAACAAGUUUAAGCUGAGAACAAGCAAGAAGCACUAUGACUUUCAAAUUUUGGAAAGGGCAAGUUCUCAGUAACAGAGCCACCUUUGGACCCUUCACCUCUGAUUCCCCUGCCCUCUCCCAUGAUUGGCUUGAUAUUUGGAGCUUCUGUUAACAUUAUAGAGACUCCUAGGAUGUGUGGUCAUGGCGUUAUAGCUUGCGAAGAAAUGCCAGUGAUCCAGCAAAGGGGCGGCGGGUGUGGGGAAGAUACACAUUUCACCCCACAUGACUAUAGGAAUCACAUCAGAAUGAUACAGAGUUAGCAGGUUUUUCUAAGGAAAUGCUGUUCAAAUGCCUCCUAACUUUUGUAGUUAUUUUGUUUUAUAUUUCUGAAUUCUUGUAUCAGAUCCAAAGCUCUAUUGUACAGCAAAUUAUCCUUCAAAAUGAUUAUAACCAGUUGCAACCUGUAUUUCUUUUUGCAGCCAGCACAAUGUGACCCAACUUAGAAUUUGGGGGGAAAAGAAUGCAGGGGUGGAAUAACUAAGUCAAAACCAUGUUUUAUCUUCUUCUGGGAGUUAGAGGUGCUAAGGAGAGCCCACAAAUAGAAGAUUACUCUUCCCCUGAGUCUCUAAACACAGAAAUAAUUUCCAGAAAAUACAGAACUCUUCCCCCACAGGGUUCUUUCCUUAUACAUUUAGGUAGUAUGAACAUUAAGUAUAAAGUAAAUUAUGUUCUUAAUGCCUCUUAAUCAAACCACUUAGAUUCAAAGGGGAAAAGGAAUCAUUUUAGGCAGGAAAAUAUUUCCUUUUUUUUUUUUUUUUUUUUUAAUGUGUCCCUCCAGUAACUAAAUGCCACUUUAUUUGCAUUCUCCUCCUUGUGGAUUUUUUGUCAGCUAAGGAAAUGCGUUUGAUGAGUGCUGGAAACUUCUUAAGUGGUUUACAAUUUGUUUUCAUUGUUUGCAGCGGAUCACUGGACAUCAAAGAUUCAUUGCACUUAUGAACAAGGAACCUUUUUUUCAAUCUCUGUGUAAUUUGCAAGGCUGUACAAUGUGUGCUGAUGCAAGCCUUUUUCAGUUCAAGAGAAUAAAUGUUUACAAAUAUAA